AUGCAGGACAAUGAUGCAGAACGCAGAUCUUCAUGGUCUUCGUGGGUGUACACCCCUUUGAAGGCAUUGAAGGAAUCGUACAUGUAUCUGUCCAAAUCUCCGAUCAAAACCGAUGAGGUGGACGACAAUGAUGGCGGACAUCUCAACAACCAGACCGCCAGCUCGACAGCUGCAGAAUUGGUCGAGGAGGGAGAGGCCCAGUCACAGAAAGCAGCGGACCAGUACUCGUCAAUGGAGGAGCAGGCAGGGCCAUCCCAGCCAGUAGACAUGGCCUUGCCGGAGCGCCUGUUGGGCACUUUGCCAACCCUGCCCAGCCGUCUCGACGCUGUAACGCCACCGUCGCCAGCGCAGAGCAGCGGUGCAGCCGGCACACCGAUGGGCCAGCUACCCACCUCCCUGUUGAACAGGCCCUUCAACUCCGUUGGCCCCAGCAGAUUCGGCCUGCGCGACGGCCCAGCCCCAUCACCCCUCGCUCUCACUCCGGCCGUGCAGCCCUUCCGCACCACCGCACACAGGGGCAAUAAACCAUUUGCGCGCACGCCGAUCCACAUGCAGCCGCUGUCUUUAGUGCCACCGGGGAGUGUCCCGGCGUCCGCUGCCGGCGCGGCUGCAGCCCCGGAGCCAGCGCCGCUGAGCUGGACGCCCAUGCGCACCUACUCCAGCAUGCAGCCCCGCGCAGGUGCCGCGCUCAGCCUCAAGAGGGGCCGCACGGAUGGCAGCCCCCUGGGCACGCCCCUCCUGGGCGCAGGGCUCGCCGCUGACUCUGACCGGCGCAUCCGCCGGCGCGGCGAGCAGGGGGAACGAAGCGCAGAGCGGCGCGUGUGGAAGGCGGGUCAAACGCCCUACAGCACAAAGGGAGCAGCUGGCAGAGAUGUGCUGGCCAUUGAGGGGCCAUCAGCAUCAGAAGGCACCCAGGUGGCUAACGGACUGCUGGGCAAGAGGGAGCCGCUGCCAAUGACAGAGUCGGCUCGGCGCAUCGCCAUGGCUCUGGACGCCAUGCUCCCUACGGCUUCAUCCCAGGGGCCGGCUGAUACAGCCGCUGCAUCUACGCCGCAGAAGCCAGUGGCCCCUCCCAGCGAUUCUCUGGGCGUGGCUCCUGCGCCGCUCCUAUCCACCGUCGCUCCGGCCCCUGCCUCAUCGUCCUCGCUGGCCCUGCCCCUCACCCUGCCCCUGGAUGCAUUCCCAAAGCCAGCCACCUUGUCCUGGGGUUCCCAGCCACCGCCUGCCUCCAGCGCGGUGCAGGCAGCACCAACUUUGGGCCAGUGGUCUGCCGCGGCCACUGCUGCACCUCCUGCAGCUUCAUGGUCCAGCUGGAGCCCAGCUGUUGCCCUCCCAACAGACCUUACUACAGGCAAAAAGGACUCUCCUCCUUCGCCCACCCCCAGCGCUGCAGCUGCUCUGCCUCUCACCCCGGUCGGUCCAUCACUGCCUCAGCCAUCGCUCUUCAAAUUCUCAAAUGCUCACAAGGUGAACAACAUCCCCGAUGGGCCGGCGGCAAUGGAGGAGUCAACAGAGGUAGUGUCGGAGAAGUUCUCCUUCAGGCCGGCAAGGAGCCUGCUGGACAGCGCGGAGAAGCUAAAGCAACAGGCCCCGCCGGUGCAGCCACAGCGAGGGGCAGUCACGCCUGAGAAGGUGCUUGCUGAGAACAACAGGGCGGCGGCAGCUGCGAGCCAGCCCCUGCCGGUCUCAGACAACGAAGAUGACGAGGAGAACUUGGAUGAGGAUGGCAGCGAGGACGGCGACAUCAAGGGGGUUACGCGCUCAUCGGCUCGCACAGAAGAGAAUGGCAUUGCCCCGGAGGCCGCCACCAAGGAGGCAGCGACACCCGCCCCCGCGUCCGGCGGCUGGGACUUGAGCUUCCUCAAGAAGAACCAGGCGCAGGCGGCGGCCGCGACGGAUGCGGCCGAGAAAGCGAUUGCGGCAGAAAAGUCUGGUGCUCCUUCGCAGCCGCAGGCGAGCGCUGCGACGGGUGGCUGGGGCGCGGACUUCCUCAGCGCAAACAAGGCGGCUGUGGGCGCUGCCACUGCCGCAGCCAAGGCUGACCUUGACAAGAAGGCCGGCAAGUCAAGCUCAGGCGCCACUCCAGCGCCGUUUACUAUCAGCUUUGGCAAGCCGCAGACACCAGCGCCAGACACAGCAGCUUCUUCCGGCUCAGGCUUGCUGUCGUUCCUUGGGUCUGUGGUACCCGGCUCGUCGUCGACAGCAUUUGCGCCCUCCACGUUCUCUGGCUUCUCCUUUGGCCUCAAGCAGCCCGCGGAGGCUUCAGACCCGGCCGCCACAUGUUCCAUCACCGCCGUCGCGCCAGCAUCCAGUUCUCUGCCUGCCUUCCUGGCUUCCAGCACGCCCGCUGCUCACGACGCCACUGAGAACGGCGAUGCAGCGGUAUCACUGGCGGAUGGGCCAGGCUGGGCGCUCCCCAAGAAGGCCAAAGCCAAUGAUGUUUCUCCUCCAAGCGCUGGCUUCACCUUGGACGGAACCGCGAUGACAUUCUCCUUUCCAGGGGCCUCCGCCUCCUCGGCUCCAGCCACCACUGCAGCCGCCACGCCCUCGCAGCCAGCGCCCUACAGCUUUGGCGCUGCCACAGAGGGCAGCAAGCUUGCAAAGACAACAACAGCCACGGCGACAGCUGAUGUCCUCACAGACGCAGCCGCCUCGGAGGCUCCUGCGGGCGCCAGCAUAUUUGCUCCAAAGUCCUUCGGCGCACCAGUGUCGUUCGGGUUUUGUGCCGCCUUGCAACCUGCAUCCUCGACUGCGGCGUCGACUCCGUUCCCCUUUGGAGCGUCCUCUGCCGCGACUGAGGGGCCAGCCAAGGAUCCCAUCAUGUUCCAGCUGAAGCCUCGGGCAGCGCCCUUUGUGCCCUCCACGGGGUUCCCCUUUGGCAAGACGGCCGCGGACGCGGGCAAGGGGGACAGUCAGGAGCUGCCCGAAUCUGUUCCCACUGGGCUGAGCCUCACCCAGGCUCAGGGAAGCGGGCGGAGCCUUGACAGCAACAUGUCCGUGUCGCCGUCGGCCGGGUCGGCUGGGGCCGCCAACCCCUUUGUCGCGCUCGAGACAGGGCUGACAGCACUGGCGCCCUCCACCACCGGCUUACCCUCCAUGAUCCCUGCCUCCUCUGCCGCCGCUGCCUCAUCCUUUACCUUUGGAGCGGGCGCAGCAUCGGCCGCCGCGAUCUCAGGAUUCCUGGCCCCAGCCGCCAGCAUGGGCAUGGGCUUCAGUAGCGGCAGCAUCACGACGUUUGGGGGCCCUGCUAGCACGCCGGCCUUUGGGGCGGGCGCGGUCUCUGCUCCAGCGCAGUCCAGCGCCGCAGUGGGCAUGUUUGGGGCCAGCGCCAACAGCGGCUUUGGAGCGGCGGCCAGCGCGCCGCCCUUCGGCGCACCGCCUGUGACCGCUCCAGCAUUUGGGGUGGCCAGCACCCCGGCGUUUGGGGCAACCCAGUCGGGCUCUCUGGUGUUUGGCGCGUCCGGCACUCCUGCAUUCGGGGCAUCCAGCACGCCAGCCUUUGGUGCAGGCAGCGCACCGGCGUUUGGUGCCUCCACCGUGCCGUCUUUCGGGCAGGCUUCCACGCCCGCCUUUGGAGCCGGCAGUGCCCCCGCAUUCGGCGGUUUUGGCGGCGGCGGCGGCGGCGGAUUCGGCGCUCCUGCUGCGCCUGCCUUCGGCGGCUUUGGCGGCGCGGCUGGCGCGUUUGGCGCGCCCCCGCAGAGCGCUCCGGCCGCGGGAGCGCCCUUCGGCGCCUCCCACACUGCACCUGCCUGGGGCGCUCAAGCGACCAGCACCCCCACCUUUGGUCAGGCGCCCGCGCAGCCCAGCGCGAAUGCAGCUCCCGGCCCCUUUGGCGCCCCUCUGCAGCCAGCCUUUGGCCUGCAGCAGCAGCAGCAGCAGCCGGGCCCAGCAAACCCCUUUGGCUUCCAGGGCGCGCCAAGUGGCGGCAUCGGCGGAGAUGCAGCGUCUGGGUUCACCAUGGGCGCGGGAGACAGUCAGCAGCAGGGGCAGCAGGGGCAGAUGGCCCGCAGGAAAGUCAAGGUCAAGAGGAAGGGCAGAUGA